AUGGGAUCAUGAAGAGAAAUAUUACCCUAGUCUCUUCUUAAAUAAUAUUGUUUGCCAGGGAGAGUGCUCCUUUAAACCCAUAGGUACAAAAAAAAAUAAUAAUUAUAAAUAAGAGUGGGAAAGAGGGAGGGGUGUGAAGGAGAAAGGGGAGAGAGGAUAAUCCUGAAAGGCCCUCUCACAAUACCGACAAAACAUUAAAUAAUGGAACAUUUAAUUGUUGAUAAAAAUUCCAAAUUAUAACUUUUUUUUUUUUUUUUUUCAUUUUCCCUUCUCUUUGACUCGUCUAGAGCCCUUUUUUUAUAAGCUUAAGAACUAGCUUCUUUAGACACCAAUGGAGAUUUGUUCAUCCAAUCCAAGCUUGGCUAGCAGAAUUAAAUGUCAGAUUUCUAUCUUCAUAAAUAAGUCAAUUUCUGUAGGAAAUCCCCAUCUAUACUUUAUGUUCUUAUUCCUAAGGACAUCCAGUAUUGGUUUGAAUUCUCUUCUCAGUUGUCUUGUUUUGCUAGAGAGGUCUUGGAAGAAAUGUAGUUUUUGACAUUUUCCUUCCUCUGUGUGGAAAAUUCUUGAAGCGAAAACAAUUUUUUGUUUUAUGAAUUUUAUAAUGAUGUCACAUGGUGUUUAUUCAGGGAGAUAGCUAGGUUUAGGGAGUCUGUGAACUCUUUUUUUAUAAUAUCAUUGCCAUGUGCCUCUUGGACCUUCAUGUCCUUAAAAAGUGUCAUUAGAUAAGGUCUAAUGUUUCCCGAGUCCACCUCUUCUAAGAUGCCCCCUAUUUUGAGAUUUUUUUUUCUUCUUUCUCUGUCUUCUGCAUUUGUGAGUUAAGCCUCAAAUGAGUUCAUUUCGUUAACUCUCUUGUUCUCUGUUCGUUUGAUUCAAAUUAGAACAUUUCCAUUUUAUGUUCGUUUUCAUUAAUUUUUUUCAUGCAUUUUUGUCAUUUCUUGUUUUAUGGAUUUUAAGUUCUUCCUUGAUUUGGAUUAAUUGAGUAUCCAAGAAUUUUAUGAUAUAAUCUUGGGAUGCAAGAUGUAGUUCUGCUGCAUUUAGGCUUGUUGUUUUUGAACUAUGUCAUUAGUAUCGUUAUUCUCAUCAUUCUCAGUAGUAUUAGAGGUGUUAUGUUCGGCCAGUAAUAACCUAGGUUAAAGAUCUGAAGGUUUAGGUCGAGGGAAAUAAUGUAGAAAGUCUUCUUUCAUUUUUGUGAGGAUUCUCUUCUUUUUUUCUUUUUUUUUAACCAUUUUUUCACUCUCUUCAGACCUACCUUCUCUUUUAAGUCCCUAGUAAAUCUAGGGGGAAAUCUCCCUAUUAGCCAGAAUGAAGUGUUUCAAAUACACUUGUUCAAAAUUUUCAAUGAAUAAAUUAUCUUCCUAGAUUCACUCAUUCGCUCUCCUUUGUGAAUUUUGACCAGUAAUGAUUGUGUAAAUCAGCUUAAAACCUGUACAGAGAAUGAAUACUUAGUUGUUUUAAUAAGACAACCAGAGAGGCUAUUUGUUUCAUUUUAGCCCUCUAUUAGUAAUCCUUAAUCAGGAAAAUUUCCAUAAUUAGCAAACAUUAAGCAUGCAAGAAAAGAACAAUAGCAUGUUGUUUUUUAAAAGCAGAAGAUAUGCGGCAUGUAGUUAACCUUGUUCUUAUCCAAAUGCCCCACAAACUCCCUGCUGUCCCCCACGUGAACUUAUCUGUUCUUCUAAUGAAUUCUUGCAACAGCCACAAUACAUGCUUUCCAAUGGGUGCAGUGGUAAGAUGACUUCCACAGGUUGCAUCCGGUAAGUUGCCCGCUGGAUGGUUGUAGUGUUCUAUCUAACACAGCUCCGGUAUCAGCUACUGCAUUAGUUCAGUAUCGGUUGCGGUAUCGGCGUGUGGAGGAGAACACUCGUCUUCACUGGCGCGCAACAUGGACCCUCCGCCCACUCAGUGUCCUACGUCAUCCCGUCGCCGUGUGUUUUAUUUUAACUUUUUUUUUUUAAUUUAGAUUUCAUUAUCUGUAAGGAAUCCUUUCUCUGACUCCGUGAUUGGAAAUAAGCAUAGCCAUGGUUCAUUAAAUCUCUCUUGGUGACUUGUGGACACCUGAAGAGUAUCAGACUACAGUGUGUUUUAACACUGUCCAGAUAAUUGGUUGUUUCAAGCCAUCUUCUCUUUCAUUAACAUUAUUGUAAUAAACAGACACUAGAUAGAGAUGUACUGAAGUUGCCUGGCAGAAUAUGGACAGACAACCCUGGUGCUUACAAAAUAAUUGUCACAUACAUGAUUGACUAAGCACUGCAGGAAAUGACAAGAUGAUUAAAAAAAAUUCAAGAGCUUCGUUAUUGUCACAAAUAUUCCUGUGGCUGUUAAAUGUACCCAUUUCUAUAAAUUUGGGGAUCAAGGGAAAUUUGGGGAUCAAGGGAAAUGAUUUUCUCGAUGUAUGGUAUGUAUACCUAUCCGGUACUUCAGGCUGGGGUUUAUUUUUGGAUACAAUGUUUAUAUUUUGGUUAAUUACAUUUAUUCACUAAAGAAGGAAUUCGGAAUGAUUGAUAACGAAUUUUCAAAUCUUUUAUUUUUAUUUUUUUUAUUGAAGGUCAGUAUAUUGUACAACAUUUUCGUCAUAUAAGUUUGACAGGUAUGAGAAAGUACAUGGUACAAGACAUUGGUGUUACAUUUGUUAAGUAAUCAACAGUACUGAUUCAUACAUGAGGGUGCAUCUUUGCGUUGAACAUGUAGAGAUAAUAGUAUUGGAGUUCUGUUACAUUUUCCUACAUCCCUACGUUUUUAUGAGCUGGCUCAUAUUCCCAUAGUGUUAAUCUUUAUUUUUUCCCAGGUGAGGUGGGGGGAGGGGGGAUAGAGAUGCUGGGAGGGGGAGAGUGAUCUCGGUCUCUAGGUGGUCUGUCGGAGGUAUUGGGUCCAUGGGUACCAGAUCUCUGUGUAUUGUUGGUAUUGAUUUGAAAGGGCAUAACAUGUUUCUUCUAGACUUCUGGUAUUUUCUACUUUUUGUAGCCAUUCGCGAAUGGUCGGGGGGUUUGGUUGUUUCCAUAAGGCUGGGAUAAGCUGGUUCGCAGCUGUUAUAAGGUGUAGGAGCAGAGCCGCCGUGUGUUUCGGUAAGCCGUUUGGGGUUAGAAGGAAUAUGUAUGUAUCUGGGUCUAGGGGGACGGUUAUCUUAAGUAUGGUGUGGAUCAGGCCCGCUAUGCUUGUCCAGAAUUUUUGUAUCACUGGGCAUGUCCACCAAAUAUGCGAGGUGGUGCCCACGGCUGAUUGGCAGCGCCAACAUUGUUUGUUUGGAGCUUGCAAGGAAUAGGGAGUGUAGUUUCGAGGGGGUGUAGUGCCACCUCACUAUUCUUUUAUAGUUGCUUUCCUGCGUCGUUGUGUUUUUUGAGGAUUUAUGGAUUUGUUUGAAGAUUUUUUUUCCAUUUGUCAGGCUGUAUUGCUAAGUUUAACUCGUUUUCCCAAGUGGUGGUGAAGGCCGGCAAUUGUUGUGGUCUCGUGGAGAGGACCUGGGAGUACAUUGUUGAUAUGUGUUUUUGUUUUUAUGGAUUGGAGGGAACAGCAGUUUUUAUUGCUCUCGACCCGACGGUUGUCAUGGUAUCCCCUAAUGUAAGAUAUGGCGUCUUAUGGAAGGACUGGAAAGAUUUGCCAUCUACUCCUGGCUGGAAUAAGGGGUUGUGUGUGAGCGGGUUAUAGUGGUGAUGGGUAAGGUGACAUUAGUUCGUGCGUGCGUAAGGUUGCCCACAUGCGGAGAGUCGGUGUAAUUGUGGGAUGUGGGUUGUGGAGCAUUAGUACCUGCCCUGAUUUGUGCCAGGGUAUUGUGUAGAUAGGUACUCUGAAAAAGGUGUCCUCUAAGUUCACCCAUUAUUUCCUGGAUUGUGGGAGUGUCCAGUCAUAUAUUCUGGUUAGCAGUAUUGCGUUAUGGUAUGUUUCAACAUCUGGCAGACCCAGGCCGCCUCUGUCCUUUGGUUUUGUGAGUAAUGAGUAUGAUAUUCGUGGAGGUUUGUGAGCCCAAAUAAAUGUGAUGAGUGUUUUACGAGCUGUAGUGAACCAGGACUUAGGAAUCGUUAUAGGGAGCACUUGUAGCAUGUAUAGUAUUCUGGGUAGGAUGUUCAUCCUACAAAACCACCCAAAGUGUGGCUUGUUCCAUGUGGUGAGGUCAUGUGUUACGGCCUUUAUUAAGUCAGGAAAGUUGCUCUCGAAUAGUAGGGAGAGGUUCCUGGUGAUGUUGAUUCCCAAAUAUUUGAUACUGUGUGUUGCCCACGUAAAUUGAUGAUCUCUGCGCAGAGCAUCCUUACGAAUUUUCAAAUCUGUGACCUGAAUAGCUCUGUUUUUCUCCCAAUAUGGUUAUUUUAACUAAAAGUGUUGUGUUCCCCUGUCAAUUCAGCAAUGUAAUGUUAGAAACAUGAGUGGAGAACACCUUCCUCAAGGUGUGUAUCUUCUUUUACUUAGAAAGCUUCUCAUUUAUUGAACAAAUGUGAAAGUAGGAACAUGAGUAGAAUUAAUAAUAUGAAACAUUAGCAAGCCUAAGAAGCAUAACCAGUCCAAAGUUAAUAACUUGCCACUUCUUCCCCAUCUCCACUCCAUAGGUCAAGGGUAUAACAUUGCCAGAAUGUGGAUUCCUCAAUGUCAAACACUAUAUGUAUCCAGCCAGAUCAAUGAUAGAAUAUAUGUUCUCCAGAAAUCCAACAUUUGUGUAGCCCAUAGAUUCCCUGUUGUUGGCCAUUGUUAUGGUAUACCAGAGAGAUCUCUCUCUCUUUCCUCCGUGAGGGCUACCCAAGCAUCUGGUUGGUAGGUUUGAGCUAUGUGUUAGUCCAGAAACAUGCUUGAGUGGCAAGUUAAUAUGCAUGUUGUAAGAAACUGAAUAUUGGCUCUAAUAUCUUACCAUUGCUCUGAUCGUGUUUUUAGUGUGUUUUUUUUGUUCCUCACCAUUUUCCUUUCUAACUAUGCUCCAUAAUUGCAGUUAAUUGUUUCUUUUCGUCAAAUAUAAUGGUUCUGCUUUUUUCUUUCUCCUCUAUAGGAGCUGGUUUCGGACACCAACCAGCAUGUCAAAUCUGCUUUGGCCUCUGUAAUCAUGGGAUUAUCCACAAUUUUAGGCAAAGAUAAUACAAUUGAACAUCUCCUACCCCUGUUCUUGGCUCAGCUGAAAGAUGAGGUAAUGUCUCCUUUUGUACGGCUGUUCUGUGCAGGUCGCCUACAUUGUAAUGGUUAGGUGGAUGUCAAACCUUCAUAAUAACACCGUGCACACUUGCUCUUUCUGUGAAGGGGUUUCAAUGUGCAUUGCUUGGGGUCUGGCUUUCAGAGACGCUGAUUAUUUGUCAAUUUGUGUGAACUGCUGCUCUAGUACACUUGGCUUAUUGCACUCCUACAGGCAAUUUCUUACGCUAGAGCUACCUAGGUUGCUCAUAAUGGCUGGAAAUACUUGCUGGACACGAAAUGAAUCAUUAGUAUUAACUAGCUUAAAUGUGCAGCCUGGGAACGACAGGUGCAAAAUCAUCUUAUACUGUGAACGUUGCUUUCCAGUGCCCGGUAAUCCUGGUGUUUUUGGACUUUUUUGUUCUCGACCUGAUGAAUGUCUCAUAACAUGCAAUCAUUUGAACAAUACAGUUCACUAGUCGGUGUUGGAUGAAUAAAAAGUGUCUGUGUAUAUAGAAUAUAUAUAUGUUCCAUAAUGACGUAAUGUAUAUUUAGAAAAAAUAAUGUAAUUGUGGUUCUCUCGAGAUAGUGGUACAUUAAACUGAAGGUCUCCAGAAUCCCGAGAUGGUACUUUCCACUCUCUUUCUGUAUCAUUAGUUGAAAAGGGCCUGAAUAAAUGAAGAUGGGUUAUUGCAUCAGUCUCCGGCUGGCCAGGACAUGUAUGUUCUAGUGCUGCCCUGAGAUAAAGGCCAUCACAUUGCUCAUUGACAUUCCCCACCAUACACUAAAAGAUUUGAUCUACUUUUUGAAAUAGGAGGCAAAUUACAUAAAUAUCCGUCUGUGUCAUCAUUGUGGGGCAAUAAAUAAUAGGGUACUAAGCAUGGUCCCUGCUGCAGUCCUACCAAAAUUACAUUGUUUCAUCAUUUUACAUUAAGCACAACCUUAAUUGUUAUGAAAUAGUUCUUGAAUCAAGAAAAAAAAAAAGUCAGAACCAUGCAGCCAAGUAAUAAAGGGUACAUUAAAUGCUCCUUUAAAAAAAGAGUGUGCUUGACUGCACAUGAAUUAAAAAAAUAACUAAAAAGUCUCUCAGUCCACAGAACGCUGUAAAACCAAUAAAUCCUAUGUUUAUUUAAAAAAAAAUGUAUGAACGCCUGGAACAGGCAGGUUGGAGAGCACUGCAUCAAUGCACUCUAUGCAUGUCGUAGACCAUCGGCACUUUAUCAGGGACCAUACGUUUUUAUGCUUGGUAAAACAAUGGAAACUUAUUUUAAGGGCCUCAAGUAUGGUGUUCUGUGUACAAUUGCUAUUUAUUAUCUUUAAGAGUGCAUCCUGUGUCAGGAAUCAAAUCGAUCAAGACAUCAUUUUAAUGAACAUCAAUGGUCUUGACUUGAUCUUUGUAACUGGAUAUCGGUCUGGAUUUUGCAUUACAAGUAGAAAUAAUAGAAGUGACAAUUUACUACUUCAUAGUGUAAUAUUACUGCUUUAUAACUUAAAUAAUGAAUGGCGUUUUAUUAAUACAUCAUUUUAAGCCAGUAACGUAUUUCCUCAUAGUGUCCCGAAGUACGUUUGAAUAUCAUAUCGAACCUGGACUGUGUGAACGAGGUGAUUGGAAUCCGCCAGCUUUCUCAGUCUCUCCUUCCAGCCAUUGUGGAGCUUGCUGAGGAUACAAAAUGGCGGGUGCGACUAGCAAUCAUAGAGUACAUGCCACUCCUUGCUGGCCAACUGGUGAGUAUACUUGUUAAAUUUGAAAAUGUGUAUAAAAGCAAAGCUACUUUUGUUGGUAUUCCUUUAAAAAAAAAAAAAAAAAAUUUUUUUUAAAAGUUGAUACACUAUUAAAACAAGAGCUUUUUACAUUUUCUCUGGCACUUUCCUUCAUGUGUAAUAGUGUUUUACACCAGUGCUGGUGUGUCAGAACAAUCUGGAUCUUAGACUUAUUGCGCGGAGUGUCAAUCUCCUUUGGUGUCGACAUGCCUCUAUGAAACUGCCGAGGGCAAUUAUGUAGGACAUUCAAAGUCAAGAACUGGUUUGUUGUUGGUAUGUGGGCACCUAGACCACAACAUUGCAAAAGCAAUUUGGUUACAUCAGGGAACCCCAGGUGGGGCUUCUCUCUGUCUGCUGUGGCCAUUUUUAUAGACCCCAGACUUUUAGAUGAGCUGUUUGCAAAUGUAAAUGCCUGUUAAAGGGUUGCGAUUUGAGUAGGGUUAAAUCACUGCUCACACAACUAACCUUGGGCCCCCCUUAAUGUGAUGGGGCCAGUUUUAGUGGACCCAGACUGACCAAUGAGCUCUGUUCAGCAAUGGAAGUCGUCGGACAGAGCCCUUUCAUGAAAAAUGCAACUGAACGAUCGCACUCCGUGGUUUUUGUGAGGUGCAGGUGCAGGCCCUCCAGGGUCUCCCAGCCUGUGCGUGGUGAUAUGGACUGAUGCUGAACUUUGCUAGCCGCCCAGCACAGAUUUCUAUAUAUUCUAAUCGGCUGGGAACCAGGCUCAUCCAGAAUUAAAAGUGUAAUUCUAAAACCGUCCAGUAGAUGGUGGCAAUAUCCUACCAACUAUUGUGUUAAAUACAGUAAAUCCAUUUCCAAUAACAAAAUUGAUCUUAGGUAGGAGUGGGUUACCUUAGGGUUGUUGGUGGGGUUAGGGUAGGGUUAUGGGAAGAUUUUAGGGGUAAGAGUAGGGUAAGGCUUGAUGCUGUGUGUGGUUUAAUGCUGUUUUAGGGCUAAAGAUAGGGUAAGGUUACUGUUAGUGUAAGAAUAGCAUACAGGUUAUUCUAUUCUUACACUAGCAGUAAACUUGUUGGUUGGUAUAGGGUUAGCAUUAACUAUCAAAAAUUAUUUUGAUUCUAAACAUAUUGUGUAUUUAACAAUCAGGACUGAUUAUAUAUCAAUCUAUUUUGAGUUGCUUUUAAUUACUUGCACUGCAUGUGUUAAUUUUCCUCUAAUUUCACAUUUUAUUCACAUCUAAUAUUAGGUAUACAUAUAGGAUAUUAAAUGAAAUCCCUUUAUAAAAAAACAAAUAUAAUGCGUAUUGUGGCCCAUUUAAAGGGGAACCCCUAAAUUACAGUGGAACAAUGCUAUAGAUCAAAUUCAAGGUUUUGUUUUGGUUCAGAACAUGGACAAUGGACUCUGUUCUUAAGAGGUUAAAUACCAAAAUAAGGUGGAAAAUAUUGGCUUGUCCUCUCCAUUUUGCCUGAGAAUUUUUUAUUUUUUUUUUGUUUCUUUACCAUGAGUAACUUCCUUGGCUAAAUUUCAUUACAAUAUUUGAGAACACUAAAGGGUCAGGAACGCAAACAUGUAUACCUGACCCUACAGUGUUAAAAACACCAUGCAGCCCUCCUGGCCCCCAUAAAUAUAGUAAAAUCUUACUUUAAUUCCAGUCUGUUGCUGCUGGUUCUGCCCCUGAUCUGCCUGCUUGGCUGACAUCAUCAGAAGUGUUGAUCAAAAGCCAAUCACAAUGCUUUCACAUACGAAAGCAUUGGAUUGGCUGAUCUUGUCAAGGUGGCAGAGCCAGCACAAACCAAACACAGCCCUGGCCAAUCAGCAUCUCCUUAUAGAAAUGCAUUGAAUCAAUGCAUCUUUAUGAGAAAAGUUCAAUGUCUCCAAGCAGAGGGCAGAGACACUGAAUGUGCAGCACGCUGUGCAGCACUGCUCUGGGAAGCAGCUCUAACAGCCAUCUGAGUGACCAGUGGAGUUAUCACUAGGCUGUAAUAUAAACACUGCAUUUUCUCUGAAAAGACAGUGUUUACAGCAAAAAGCCUGAAGGAAAGGAUUCUGCUCACCAGAACAAAUUCAAUAAGCUGUAGUUGUUCUGGUGACUAUAGUGUCCCUUUAAUGUAAUCCAGUGUCAGAUUUGCAAUAAAAGAAAACCAAACUCCCUUUUUGGCUGGGGAGGCCAUCUUCCUAUCACUAUAUGAUUGAACUGAAGCCCCAUUUCAUACCAGAAUUCAGAUUGAAAAAAAAUAAAUAUUAACGUGUCUGUGUGCAGCAAUCUUAUACAAUCAAUCUCAUCAAAGCAAAAUAUUCUGCAACAUGAAAUAAUUUGUUUUUCCGUCACUUCUUGAACAAGCUGAUAUUUAAUCUGUGAUCCCUUUCGUUUGACAGGGUGUGGAAUUCUUUGAUGAAAAGCUAAAUUCUUUGUGCAUGGCUUGGCUUGUUGAUCAUGGUAAGAGCACUAAGGAUAUUGUACAGUAUAUGGAACCAGGUUCAUUUAAUUUACCAUAAACAAUCCACAGAUAUGGCCAACAGUGAGACAUUAAGUAGGAUCACCCUUUAUGCCAAUCAAUCAUGGGGAAUUCUGUCAUUGUCACUGAAACGAUUUAUAAAACUCCUUAAUGCAUCACCUAUCUAUUAUGUAUUAUAUGCAAAACACUUACAUAGCUGCCAUUUAAGAUUAACUGCUCUAUUGAACUUCUAGAAGCUGCUCCAUAUCACAUCUGUCGUUUAAAUAAUAAAUCUGUGUUGCAACGAACACCUUUAUCAAACGUGCAGCUUCUACCCACCUCUUUCUGCAGUUAACUUCAUGGAACCUAAUUAUUUUCAACAUCUAUAGUGAUUUCUUUGAUGUGAAACUUGUCCACCAUAAAAUUCUCAAUCUCUAUUUUUGGCUCCACUUUCAAUUUUUGAUUGUAAGCUUUUGUACCAUUUUCUAUGUUUGUGCCACUAAUGCAAAUAUAUACCUAACAGACAAGACACUCCUUCCUUUUAUAUCUAUAGCUGGUGAGAUAGCCAGGCAGAUAGGAGUCCAGCGGCAUAUCAGUAGCUGUAUCUCGAAAUUAGCAAGAGCUGACUAUAACUUUCCUAGUGGAUGGUGAUUAAUAUAUCUCAUAUUCUACUCUCUGUGUUUACAUGUAUGUAAUCACUAGGCUUUGUAAACCUCAUGAUCUAAGGGUGGGGUAUAAAACAUAUAAAAACAAUGUAUAGCUUUUAAUUUUACUAGUAAUUCGCCUAAAAUGUUGUGUAACUUUAUAACCAUCUAAACCUGUUUUGUAAAUAUUAAUCAUUUUCAUGUGUUUCCCUUGCUGUCUUCUUGAUGGAGCAGUUUAAAAUGCUCCCUUUCAUGUGAUUGAUCUGCUUUUUGACUGCUCUCUGCCAUUCCUCUUUCAGUUUAUGCCAUCCGAGAAGCUGCCACAAACAAUCUCAUGAAGUUGGUGGAAAAGUUUGGUGCAGAGUGGGCCCAGAAUACAAUUGUUCCCAAAGUUUUGGCCAUGGCAAAUGAUCCCAACUAUCUUCACAGAAUGACAACCCUUUUUUGUGUUAAUGUGAGUAUUUGGACAUAUUACAUUGUUAUUUAUUUUGUUCAUUUAGACCAUAAAUCGAGUUCCCUGGUUUACAAAAAAUGAAUUCAGUUGUAAGCGGCUCUCGUUAUUGAGCGUGAGUGCAGGGUUUUUAAUAAACUCUGCAUGCUAGAACUUGGAAUCUUGCAUCAUUGCCGUCUUGUCAUGUGGUUAGAAUCUCUUCUCAUCAGAACUACUACUUCUCCUUCAUGAAAUGCUUCUAGUUUAUGUAGCCUGUCCCUGUGGGCUCACCAGUGUAAAAGCUGCCCUUUCCAAGAAAGUUGCUGCCAUUGAAUACCUAUAGUGGUUGUCACUCAGGCAAGCCAGUAGAGGGUCUUCCAAGGAUUGCAGGACCAGCUUUCCUAAUCUCCACACACUGCAUGGAGACAUCAAACGCUCCCUAUAUAGAUGCCUAGACUCAGUGUUUCUGUAUGAGCCGGUACUGAUUGUGCAGCAAAUCGCUGCUCUGAGCCAAUCGCACUAGCCUCCCAAUUCUUCCUUAUGGCACCAUAACAACUUCAUUCCGAUAAAAUGAGCAGAUGCUGAAUGAAUAUUAAACUAUUAUGCAAUAUUUAUGGUAGUUAGGGCGAUAUAUUUUAUGUGAAAUUUGUUGAGCGAGUGCUUUCUGUUAAACUAGGAAUCUUGUGGUUUGGUGCAAUAUGUCUUUAACAUCAUCUCUUUGCAGGCCUUGUCUGAAACCUGUGGGAAAGAUAUAACCACGAAGCUGAUGCUUCCAAUUGUUUUAAAAAUGGCAGCUGAUCAAGUGGCAAAUGUGCGUUUUAAUGUGGCUAAAUCACUGCAAAGAAUAGGACCAGUACUGGAUAGCAAGUAAGUCAUUUAUAAUUGUGGAAGAGUUGAAAAGAUAUCUUGCUUAAUCUCUCAAAACAAUGAUCUAGUGUUGCUCAAUAUUUAUCUUUCAAAACUUUGCUGUAGGUCUGGGAUAUCCGUGGACGUUGGACAUUAAAACCUUUAACCUUUUUUUUCCAAAACAUUUUCCUUGCUUUGUUUACGUCCAGAUUGCAUGAACAUAUAAAGAUACCUGUUUAAAGGAACAUUAAAAGUAAAGAUAUUUAAUUUUUAUUCUAUUUUUUUUCAUUUUAUUUAAGACGUUGUCUGAAAAACAGCAUCUCUGCUCCAAAUUAAGAUGAAGUGGUUUUGGACUUAGUGUUCCUUUAAAGGUUUCUGAUAAUGUCCCAACAUUAUUUUAUUUUAAAGGACACAGAUUAUUCUAAAGUCUGCAGCUUGUUGUAAUGGUUAUGUUGCUACAGUCUGUGAGGUCCGUUUUCUUUUGAAACCAUUUGGAGAGGUUUGACAAAUACCGAGGCUCUCAGUACCCAUUAGUCUCCUCUACUGAAGCCACGUUGAGAUAAACUACACUCCCUGGUUUCUCAUGUUGAGACAUUGUCCAACUUGAAUGGCAAUUAUAGGCAGAGCGCCCUGAGGGGAGAUUUAAAAAGAGGAUAGCAUACACAGACUUGUAGAACCAUAACCACUACACAAGCUAUAGUUAUGGUACAUAGUGACACUAAAUAUGUUCUAACAUAAUAUUGGUCUGCCUCCACCUGCUGCUGUAUUAUCGUGUUGUGUAAUUGCGCAGUUUCUGCUUGAAUGGUAGUAAACUGUUAACAAUCUGUAUAUUUUAUGUGUUCGUGCUUUUCAUAGAGGCAUAUUUUCUGUUUUGCAGCACGUUGCAGUCUGAGGUCAAGCCUGUAUUGCAGAAGCUUGGGCAGGAUGAGGACAUGGACGUAAAAUACUUUGCCCAGGAGGCAUUGACCGGUAUGAGUUAAUUGGCAGCAUCCAUCACGAAUGCUAUAUUACUGUGAAUGCUUCAUAUAGACCUGAAUCACUUAAUAGGUAGAAAGUAUUUUCCUGAAGUCUAGAAAAGAGUUCCAUUAAAGAACAAUUAGUAUAUAUGACAUUUACCAAGAGAGGAUGUACUGAGAUUACACGCUUUCUAUAUAACCAUUUAACCUCAUUGAAGUGGUUUUACUGUCUGUAAAAUCAGAAAUAGUAAUGUAAAGUUUUUUUUUUUUUUUUUUUAAUGACACUGCAACUUUGUACCACAUGUUAACAAAAUGUCCAGUAUAAAAAAAUAUUUGCCAUAAACUUGAGGCCGAAUACUAGUACAUUAAGGCAUGUUCUAGACCAUUUGAGAUACUCUAGAGUUUCUACUUUUAGAAAUCGUUGUCCUUUGUACAUUACUUGAACAGUCAACUUGCUGUAAUGCACCAAAAUGACACAUAAGACCAUCAAAUCCAUCUGUCAGAGUUCUAACUGUAAAAUCAGUUGAACACAUACAUAGCAAAAAUGCCCAAAUUGCUUGUGUCCUCAAGUACAAAACAAGCAAACCGACGCUUGGUUCUUAAGGUGGUUAUAUGCUGUAUUUUUAAGGUCCUUGCCUUUGCUGCUAUUGCAACUUAUAUGUUUUAUAUUAGCGUAUUAGAGGUUUACGCAACACAUAUUUGUAGCUAUUUUUUUAAAAUUUGUAUUCUUGGGUGCUUUUUAAAUAGAAAUUCUAACUGAAUUUGUGCUCUCUGUUUUGCAGUUCUUGCAUUGGCUUAA